AUGGCUGAUGCAAUUUUGUAUGGGAUUGCUGAGGAUUUCUUGAAAAAAGUGGGAUCUUAUAUGGUUGAUGAAAUUGCUUCAGCUUGGGGAUUCAAGUCUGAUCUUGACAAGCUGAAGCGUAAUGUUGACCUCAUCAAAGCUUUCCUGCUUGAUGCCGAGAAGAGGCAAACUGAUGACGACGCUGUUCGUCAUUGGCUUUUAAAUCUUACUGAAGUUGUGUAUGCUGCCGAUGACUUGUUCGAUGAGUUCAUUACUGUUGCAACUCGGAAACAUCUGAACAGUGGGAACAAAUUCAGCAAUGAGGUACACACUUUUUUUUCCCGUUAUAAUCAGAUUGCAUAUGCUCAUAGAAUUGCUCGUAAGAUUAAAGUCAUUAGGGAAGAGCUUGAAGGCAUAGUUAAACAAGGAAACGACUUGAAUUUGGUAAGCCAGUCUUAUGUGGAAGGGAGAGUGAUCACUAAGAGGAGAGAUCAGAGUUAUUCAUUUGUUGAGGCUGAUCAAGUUAUUGGUAGAGAUGCUGAUAAGAAAGCCAUUUUAGAGUUAUUGCUUGCAUCAUCGUCUUCUGGUAACGAUGAGCAUGAGCAUGAGCAGAGUGUGCUCCCUACGUGUUUGAUGUCAAGGAAAUCAUUGAGAAUCCUCAAAUCUGUAACCAAUUCAGAAACUCCAAAGUUAGAUAUGGAUCAGUUACAGAGUAGAUUGCGAAAUGAAAUUGGUGAUAAGAAAUACUUUCUUGUUUUGGACGAUGUGUGGAAUGACAGUCGCGAGGAGUGGCUAAAGAUGAGAGCUCUUUUGAAGAUUGGCAGGAAAGGGAGUAAGAUCCUAGUAACUACCCGCUUGAGUAAGGUGGCAACAAUAAUGUGCACAUUUCCUAUUCCUCCUUAUCAUUUACAAGGUCUAUCGGAUGAGAAGUCGUGGCAAUUGUUUGAAAAGCUUGCAUUUACGCCUGGGCAAGCUCAACGGAUGCCACACCUUGUUGACAUCGGGAAGGAGAUGGUUCGAAAGUGUGCCAAUGUCCCAUUGGCCAUAAGAAUAGUAGGGAGCAUUAUUUAUGGUGAAGAUGAAAGCAAGUGGUUGUCAAUUAGAGAUAAAAAUCUUUCAAAACUAUCCGAUAAGCGAAGCGACAUUAUGGACAUUCUCAAGAUUAGCUACCAUCAUCUUGCUUCACCAUUGAAAAAUUGUUUUGCUUAUUGUGCUUUGUUUCCCAAAGACUAUAAUUUCAACAAAGAUAUGUUGAUAAAUCUUUGGAUGGCUGAGGGAUUCAUUGUUCUUGCUGCUGAUGAAAGUAUGAGUCUUGAAGAGCUUGGCGAGGAGUAUUUUCUUACUCUAUUGCAAAGAGGAUUGUUCCAAGAUGUCCAAAAGGAUAAAUGGGGAUGCAUUGAAAGUUGCAAGAUGCAUGACUUUAUCCAUGAUCUUGCUCAAUAUGUGGCCAAGCCCAAGUGCUUAGUCACAAAAGCCGACCAGAGUUUCCAUCAGAAUAGCAUUUACCACUUAUCUUUUGCUUUUCGUUUGAAUUUUCAGAGGACUAUUCCAUCCACGGUGCUGAGCUUGAGACGGCUAAGGACGUUACUAUUGCCACAACAACGAAGUGACGGAUCCACCUUUGGCAAAUGCCAACAAAUGAUAUCAAAGUUAACCUACUUGCGGGUGCUGGAUUUGCAUGCCCUUGGAUUAAAAAAUCUACCUGGUUCAAUAGGUAAAUUGAUUCACUUAAGAUAUCUCAACCUCUCCUCAAACCCCUUUAGUGUCCUCCCUGAUUCAAUCACUGAACUUCACAACUUGCAGACCUUAAAUCUAAACAAUUGUAGAAUGCUUUUUAAAUUACCAUCAAAUAUAAAAAAACUGGUCAAUUUAAGAACUCUUGAUAAUGGUCAUGUUUAUCCUGUGUUUCGUCACAUUCCUUUAGGGAUUGGCAACUUGACUUCUCUUCACUACCUACCUUUUUUCAUAAUCACUAAGCAUGCCAAUAGUGCCAGACUAAGUGAAUUAAAUAAACUCAAAAACCUGAGAGGAAAGUUGCACAUAGUUUUUGAUGAUCACUUAAAAACUACAAUGUUAGAAGCAGGAGAUGGAGGAUUUACCGACAAACAUGGUUUGAAUGAGUUGGAUAUAAGUUUUGCAAUUGGAGAAUGUGAUUUGUUUGGUGACCUUAAUAAGAUUGUGAUACCACCUGAAGCUGAUAGUGAGCACGAUGAGGUUGUGCUGGAAGGCCUAAAACCACAUCGAAAUUUAAGGAAGCUGAAAAUAUCUCAUUACCAAGGUCGAAAGCUCCCAUAUUGGGCUAUGAACAAUAGCCUAAUUGAUACCCUUUCAAAACUAGUUGAGAUUGAACUUUAUGAAUGGAACCACUGCCAACUCCCCGCUUUUAGCCAACUACCUCUUUUGAAACGACUUUCUUUAACAAGAGUGCUAUGUGUGGAAUACAUGGAGAUUCUAAACGAUGACCAUUCAUCUUCAACAAAUGACCAAUUAUUCUACCCAUCUCUUGAAAUUCUUGAGCUACAUGUUAUGAUAAGUUUAAAGGGGUGGUGGAAAGGAUUCGAUGCAUCAUCCAGUGAAUUAGGACUAGCUCAACCUGCCAUGUCAUUUCCCAAGUUAUCAACAUUAGAUGUUCAUUACUGUGAAAACCUGACAUCCUUGCCAACAUGUCCUAAUGUGGAGAAAGUGCAUCUAUCCAACGAAACCAAGAAUCUGUCAAUAUUGAAUAUUGUAACAGAAUCGUCAAGGUUGAAGUCGUUGACAAUCGAUAAUGUGGAAGAUCUUUUAUCCAUCCAUUCAGAGUGUUUGCUUGAGCUUUCUUCGCUACGUAUAAAGGAUUCUGCACUACUAUCUACUGAAAAAUUAGGAGAUCUCUUUGCAACUUUAUCUUCUUCUCUUAAAUCUUUGUCAUUUGAAAAUUGCGAAAACUUGAUAUCCAUCUCUAAAGGCUUGGAACAUCUUACUGCAUUGGAGACCUUGAGAAUUGUCUCCUGUGACCAGCUUGAUCUAUCACCAAAUGAAACACAGCUAGAAUGUGAAAAUAGAGACGAAUAUUGCAGAUUUUCUAAGGACAUGCCAUGGAAAGCCUUCAAAACUAGUCUUCAUUCAUUAAGCCUAUUUAGUCUCAAGAAACUAGUGAACCUUCCUAGUGAGCUUCAACACUUGACUAAUCUUCGUUCUUUGGAGUUACUAUUUAAUUAUGAAUUGAGGAAAUUACCAGAAUGGAUAACUUGUUUCUCUUCUCUUGAAUAUUUGGAUAUGUGUUGUUGUAAAAAAGUAACGUGUCUCCCAGAAAGCUUUAGUAAGCUUGCUGCUCUACAAGAACUCAGAAUAUCCUCAUGUCCGCAACUGAUAAAAAGAUGUGGAGGCCCAAACGGUAAAGAUUGGCCUAAGAUUAAGCAUAUCCCUCUUAUCGUCGUUGAGGAUUAUGGAUCAGUGCUAGAAGACUGA